AUGGAGACUGCCAAGUCAGACGUCCAGUACACCAGCACCUGUGACAAAGUGAUCUCAAGCGACUCCUCCUCAGUGAAAGUUCUGCGUUCCUCUGCAAAAGUUAGUCCGGAGCCUUUAGUUUCCACGCGGACAGAGCCAGAUUCCAGGACCAGCUCCGUGUUUGGUGUUGCCCUGGAGACACUGAAGGAGGAUGGGCAGAUGGUGUGUGGAAUACCUGCUGUUCUGAGAGACAUGGUGGAAUACCUCAACAACAAUGGUUUGCAGCACAGAGGCCUUUUUCGACUGUGUGGCUCUGUAGUGCGGAUGAGGACACUGAAACAGCGGUGGGACAAGGGGGAGAGGGUUGAUCUGCAGAAUGACGGAGAUAUCCCAACAGUGGCGUCUCUUCUUAAACUCUUCUUUAGAGAGUUGCCUGUUCCCAUAGUCCCUGAAACUCUCCGCAAACAGCUCAUCUGCUGUCUUAAAGGAAAUACAGAUGACAGCCGAACAAAUCAGUUUUUGAAAGAAAAUCUUCAGCACCUCCCCACUGACAACCUUAUUAUCUUGUCUUACCUAAUAAACUUCCUAUCCAGAGUGGCCACUCUCAGCCAAUCAAAUCAUAUGCCAAUGGAAAAUCUGGCUACCAUUUUUGGACCUUGUAUUUUUCAUGUACCUGCUGGUCCCAGGAUGAUCGAGGAGCAGAGUGUGUGUAAUGCCCUAUUGCUUCAUCUUCUAAGGCACCAUACAACCCUUUUCUCAGACCAAACAGAAAAACAACUAAUAUCUAGUAAUGAUGAACUUGCCUCAACCCCUCCUCCUCCUCCUCCUCCUCCUCCUCCUCCUGCAUGUCUCAGUAGUCCACUAUCAGUGCUGAAUAAUGUGGAGAGAUUAGGAGAAGAAACUGUGUCUCUCUCUUCAUCAAGUUCUUUCACCCAUGCAACUCAGGUCCAGUCCCGACUAAACAGUCCUGACUUUCCACAGUCUCAGGCCUGCUCUAGUGUCAGCAUACGUGCCCUGUGUGAUUUGCACACACUGGACAGAACUGGGAUAGGAGACCCUGUAUCACCCUGCUCCACUUCCCCAGGGUCAGCAAAGGAGAAGUCCUCAGACCAUUUUAGACUGGAUUCUUCAAAUGCAAAUUACAAACCAGAAUACCACAACACAUCAAUUGCCACCUCAGGAGUAAAUGAGAAAGGAAAUGCUGCCAAAAGUGACUGCCAAGUGGUUGCUAAUUCAGCUGUUCCAUCAGAUAUGAGCUGCCACAACAGAGCUCAUAGUCACAUUGAAAGUCCCCAUUUCUUCACAGAAAAGAAGAAAAGUGAGACUUGUCAAAGCCCAGAGUGGAGCAGAGAUGGAAGCAGCAGUUGUCUUGAUGGACACAUUGAUUACAGAGGCAGAAACAGCAGUGACAGCCCCUCCCUAAAACUCCAAGCCCUAGAUGCUGAGCUGGGACUCUCUCCAACACCAGCUGACCCCCAAGAUCCAGAAGGUUUACCUGCUCUGCACCAGCCUGUUACCUCAGAGGAGAAGAGUCUCUACCGCCCUCUGUUCUUCCACUUACCUUUGUCAACAGACCAUUAUACAGCCCAGUCCACACAAUCAGUAAAGGCCACAUCUCCAUCCUCAUCAGAGUCCAGUUCUGUCUGCACUGCCACUUUAUCAGAAGAAAAAUCCAUGUCUCCCAUUGCCACAGACACCAGCCCUCUCCUCUCACACAUCACCACCAGCGACUGCCCAGUGCCCUCUCCUCGAUGCCCCAACAUCAGCCACAGUCUUCGGUACAACCUGGACCCUGAUACAGCCCCCUCCCCACCGUGCUCACAGGAAGUACGCAUGGCGCGCAGUAAUGUCCACACAGAGACAGGGGAGCAAGAACCAUCCAUCAACAUGCUAAACAAACAUAUACAUUACCUGAGGAAAAGGAUCAGACGAUUUGAAGAACGCUUUGAACAAGAAAGACACUACAAGCCAGCUCAUAAUGACAAGACAGCAAACCCAGAGGUGGCCAGGCUAAUGAAGGAGUUGAUCAAGAGUCGCAAACGACUCAAAGAGCUGAAACUAAAACAAUCAAUCAAGGGUGAAGGAGAUGUAAACCAACUGCGUCAGUCCUGCAAAGCCAGUCAUGACCACAGGGGGUCAGCAUUGGCAGGGUUGGAGCUUCAACUGCUUAAUAAUAAUGGCAACACAAAACCUAAUGUGGAGGAAACGGUCAAUAGUAUCACUAACAGACUGAAGGAAAGGAGGAGAGAGCUGGAACUGCCAGACAGCCUCAAGGAGAUGUCCCAUUUCCAAAUAGCCCUGGAAAAGACCUGUUUGCAGAAGUGCUUGCUAUACUAUGAAGGUCUUCAUGGGCGACCGAGCACCAGACAAGAGCGGACUCUGAUUAAGCCCUUCUAUGACCGAUACCGUGUUGUCAAACAGCUUCAGAAUUCCUCCUCUACCUCCACUGUGAUCACAACUAUUGAUGAAGAGGAGGGCUCAGAUGAGGAAAGCCCCAAACCCUCUAGCCUAUGUCCACUGCCUCACUGGGUUAAAUCUCAGUCCUUCUCGUCAGACAAGACUCUCAUGGAGCUCUGUGAAUCUCCACCGGUGUCCCCUUUAGAUGAAGCAAACACACACCAGCCCCAUCUCAUCACCAUGGCAACACUUCAUGAAGCAUCCAGGUCAGAGCUGUUGGAUCACCUGAAGAUGGCCAGAAGUGAGAAGCGGAGGUUGCAUUUUGUGCUGCGCGAGUUUGAGGAACACUUUUACUCACAAACUGGCAGGGUUUGUCAAAAGGAGGACCGUGGACCCAUGGCAGAGGAGUACUGCCAGUACAAGAACCUCAAAGCAAAACUGCGCCUCCUGGAGGCCCUGCUCAGUAAACACCAGGGCUCAACCAGCAGCUGA